AUGCAUUCACAGCAGACUGUCUGCAUCCAGGCUCACGUGCUCACAGCCGUAUCGACAAUCCUGCCAUCGUUCUCAAUGAGAACUCCGGAUUUGCCUCACAUCAGAAAAUUGAGGUUGGCGGACAAUGAUUUCUUGACACCUCGACCAGUCGAUUUAAUCAUUGGAGCGGAUUUCUACGGAAGGAUCAUCAAGCCAAACAUCAUCAAAGGCUCACCAACAACACCAAUUGCUCAACUUUCCAUUUUUGGAUGGCUCGUCAUUGGUCCAGUCACCGAAUCACACUCAAAUACUAACCAUUCACAUUUUGCAGUUGCUCAAGAUGAUCAGAGCAUUCUGCAAGAGCUGCUCACCAAAUUCUGGGUCCAAGAAGAGUCACCAAUGGACGCUCCAAGCACGCUCACCCCGGAGGAAGAAGAAUGCGAAGCACAUUUCUGUGCGACUCACUCUCGGGAUCACACAGGAAGGUACAUCGUUCGCAUUCCACUCAAGGCACCAGCAUCACUUCUAGGUAAUUCACACAAGAUUGCUCAAAGAUGUCUACAAAACACUUUGCGACGACUCUCCAAGGAUUCAACAUACAACCAGCUCUACGUCGAGUUCAUGAAAGAGUACGAGGAAUUAGGACACAUGGUAAAGGCUCCAGAUCAUCAACGGAUUUCAUCAAGAGAGGCUGAGAACGUUGGACCUGAUGGGGAGAUGACCUUGGCACAUGAUGCUUCGGCAUCAGGAGGGUUGAGGGUCUCUUCUGACGGUUCAACACCUCAAACCUCUGCUCAUCUUCAACCAUACUAUUUGCCUCACCAUGGAGUUCUACGUCUCGACAGUUCAACAACGAAGCUCAGGGUUGUAUUCAACGGAUCAAAAGCUACGACAUCAGGCAAAUCAGUCAACGAUUUAAUACAUACUGGUACUAAUUUGCUCUUGAAUGUUACAGAUGUUCUAAUUUGGCUUCGCCAUUAUCACCACAUUUUUGCCACAGAUAUCACAAAAAUGUAUCGCCAGGUAGCAGUUCACAAGGAUGAUUGGGAUCUCCAGCGAAUUCUUUGGAUCGAUGAAGACCGCAAUGUCAUCCCUUACCAGCUCACAAUAGUCACGUAUGGCACAAAGGCGGCUCCCUUCCUGGCGACACGAGCACUCAUGCAAUUGGUUCACGAUGAGGGUCAUCGAUUCCCUCUGGCAACGCCUUCGCUCACACAUGGCAGAUAUGCGGACGAUAUCUUUGGAGGAGCAGACUCAAUCCCGGAACUUGUGGAGGUCGCUCAACAGCUGAUUGCAUUGUGCAACGCGGGCAGAUUUCCACUCGCAAAAUGGCAUGCGACUCACCCAGAUCUUCUACGGGCUGUUUCGUCAUCCACACAAUCGUCAGCUCCCAUAUCAUUUGACGACUGCACUACCAAAUUACUCGGAAUUCAAUGGAUGCCUCAAACCGAUAAAUUUGGCUCUUCAUCCACGAUCACAGAUCAACCAAGUAAGUGUUCAAAACGCCUCGUAUUGUCCGAAGUGGCUCGGAUAUUUGAUCCAUUAGGUUUCGUCUCACCGGUAAUAGUAUGA